UCACCCUACAUCCACAAAUUUUACUUUAAUAUGUUUAACUGUCGUUGUCCGAAUUUGAUAAUUUACUGUGACCCAGUAAACGCGAAGUCCCAUAAUAUAUGCACCAAAUAAGGCCUUUGUCGUAUAACAUUUAUUAUGGAAUGCAUUUUUACAACUUCAUUCCAAUACAUAUAUUUUUUCUUUAGAAUUCAGUGAGGUUUAAUAACGAAUCAUGAAUUUGAUAUUCAUUUUGCUAGUCUGCGUCGGUUUAUCCAGUUGCCAAACAACGGAAACGUUGCCACAAGAUGGACCGCGGAUAGGUCUGAUAGAUUGGAUACACAAUUUAAUCGGAUCUGGCACUACCACGUCUCGACCAUCCACUGUAAAGCCAUCGAAUGAUCCACCACAAGACUGCCCAACAUGUCAAUGUGGCAUCGCGCGGACGCACCGGCGUAUCGUUGGCGGUACGGAGACCAAGGAGAAGGAGUACCCGUGGAUCUGCGUACUGCUGUACGGAGGCCGCUUUUACUGCGGGUGUUCCCUCAUCGCAGACCUCUACGUCAUGACUGCUGCUCAUUGUACAGCCGGAUUCCGUAAAGAAAGAAUAACAGUCCGCUUCUUGGAGCACGACCGCAACGUCGCCAACGAGACGACUACGAUUGACAGAAAAGUGGCGGCCAUUAUCCGUCAUCCCAGAUACAACCCGGGAACUUAUGACAAUGAUAUCGCCAUGUUGAAAGUUGAUGAAAGACUAGUUUUAAGCAAAGUGAUCAAGAAGUUAAGAAGUGAAGAUGGUACAGAGGAAGAACAGGAACGUGGAGUAGGAACAGUUUGUCUGCCGGAGGCUGGACUCUCGUAUUCAGGUUAUAAUGCUACUGUCGCCGGCUGGGGCACCACUGAAGAGGGCGGGUCUGUCUCUAAUGUUCUUAGGGAGGUAACGGUCCCCAUAAUAUCAAACUCUGAGUGCCGCAUGACGAACUACAAGGAGCGCAUAACUGAGAAUAUGUUGUGCGCUGGUAUUGACGAUGGCGGUAAGGACGCCUGCCAGGGUGACUCCGGAGGACCCUUGCACAUCUUCAACAAUAACACCAACACGUGGCAGAUCGCAGGAGUAGUCUCGUGGGGCGAAGGUUGCGCAAGACCUAAAACGCCUGGUGUGUACAGCCGCGUCAACCGAUACCUCACUUGGAUCAAAAGCAAUACGAAAGAUGCGUGUUACUGCGAAGAGAAAUACAUCAAGAAAUAUUAACACAUUCGAUGCUACAACAUUCACAAUAACGAAGCGAAAAGGUGGUAUUGAAUGUGUUGACAUGAAAUCUGUCACACAUGUCCGUCCAAAAUGACAAGUUAAGAAAAUGACAUAGAUAAAGAAAACAGAGACUGCCAGUAACAAAAAAACAUAUUUAUUUUGUAGGUUGUUUCUAUUAGAAUUAAUUUAUAUUCAUAAAAAGAGAUCAACUAGAAUAAGUUCUAUAUUUAUUUAGUUUUAAGUUUUUCCAUUAAUUUAAACAAUCAUUAUUCAUCAAUAGAAAUAAAAGAUUUGUUUUUCAUAAAUGUGUAUUAUUCUACUUAAAU